UUCAGCUCCUCACUCUCAUCUCAACUUUCCAAGAUUCUUUUUCUCCGUCAAGUCUCCCGAAUUUCAGCCUAAAUCUUUCUCCCAAUCUCACCCCCAAUCUUCUCCCGUAAUUCCACCCAUGUCCUCGCCUUCCCCAAUCCCAAUGUCCUCGCAGCAAUCCGCCACCGCCAACCAGGAAGGCCACUCAUUUCCGCUGCCGUCGUUCCGAUCCAUCCUCACGCGCCUCUCCGGCCUCUCCCGACACGCGCUCUCCAACCGCCGCCCCUGGGCCGAGAUCGUCGACCGCACCGCCUUCUCCCGGCCGGUCUCGUUCUCCGACGCGGCCUCGCGCGUGAGGAAGAACGCCGCCUACUUCCGCGUCAACUACCUCAUCGUGCUCGCCGCCGUGCUCGCCUACUCGCUCCUCUCCCACCCCUUCACCCUCCUCACCCUCGUCGGCCUCGCCGCCGCGUGGAUCUUCCUCUACUCGCACCGCCAGUCGGAUCAGCCGCUCGUGAUCUUGGGCCGGAGCUACUCCGACACGCAGGUGCUGUUUGGGCUGGGCCUGGUGACGCUGAUCGCGAUCUUGGUGACGAGCGUGUUGUCGCUGCUCAUUACGGCGCUCAUGGUCGGGGCCGGGAUCGUCUCUGCUCACGGCGCGUUUAGGGAUCCGGAGGAUCUGUUCUUGGACGAAUCGCAGCCGUUGGGUUCAGGAUUCGCAUCCAUGUUCAGUGGGGCUGCUACUUCUGCUGGCGCCAGCAUGAUGUCACGUGUCUAGGUAUGAAUACUCGGGGAAGGUGUAUAUGAUACUCCGGUGGGUGAGGACUAGUAGUUGACUAGAAGGAAAAGAAGAGGAUCUAUAAUCGACCAAGUGAUUCAUUUUAUUAUUUGUUGUCAUAUUUUUGUUGAGUUGUUAUUGAUGAGAUCUACAAUGCUGAAAUUUCUAUUGGAUAUUCAUUCAUUGGUACAUUUUGUUUCGGCAAAUUCUUGGAAGUUCUAUAUGAUUUUAUCAUAAUGACACUGUGUUUGU